UAUUUUUUGUCAAAUGCGAGGCCAUAAACCCUAUAAAAUCUAUUAAAAAUAAAUAAAUAACCUGUGAGAUUUUUCGUCUCAACAUAAUCAUGUGACAGAAACGUAAUAUCACGAAAUCAUUGCGAUCAUUAAAUUGGAACAUUGAUAUUACUAGGUACAGGUGGCGAGUGCAGACGGAAGCGGAAAUUGUAGUUCUACACAGAUCCCUGAAAGCAUCCUGAACGAAGAAGAAACGAUUUUUGUGUGCUGGGACCCAAUGCUGUCCUCCAGAGACUAAUAGAAUGAGCAUCCAGUGAGCUGCAGAGACCAGAUUGAGAAAAAAGACUCACUUCUUUGAGAUCAUAAAUCAGUUUUAACAGAAACUUGUGGCAUCCUAUCGGGCACCAUGACGUCUUCUAUGCUACGCCGGCAACUAAAGAACCUUGUUCAGAACUUCUCUGAGGCUGAGGUGAAGGUGAGAGAGGCCACCUCUAAUGACCCAUGGGGUCCUUCAAGCUCCCAGAUGGCUGACAUCUCUGACCUGACCUACAACGUGGUGGCCUGCAACGAGAUCAUGACCAUGUUGUGGAAACGUCUCAAAGACGACAAAAACUGGAGACACAUCUACAAGUCGUUGACCCUGCUGGAGUACCUAUUGAAGACUGGUUCGGACCGAGUUCUAAAUACAAUGAAGGAUAAUGUCUACAUUGUAAAAGCACUUACAGAGUUUCGUUUCCAGGACAAGGAUGGAAAAGAUCAGGGUGUGAAUGUGAGGGAGAAGGCCAAGGCGGUUCUGAUUCUUAUGGAGGAUGAUGAAAAAUUAAAGGAAGAAAGAGAUUUUGCUCUCAAGACCAGAGACAAGAUCUCAAAGAAUGCCACAGCUUCUUCUGAAGACCCUAGCGAUCCCAAAGACCCCAACUACAAGCCAGUUUAUGUCCCAGGAGCCACUGGGCUCCCCUCCCUGGCCAACAUCCCAUCUGUGGCUGACCUCGCUGCCAGUUUUGAGGCCAAGAAACAAGAAAAACUUAGACUAGAGGCAGAGAAAAGAGAAGCGGAACGAAGGUCAAAGAUGACCAAGGAAGAGCUUGAAUGGGAGGAUGCCGCUAAAGCUGUAAAGCCUAAGAUUGCCGCCGCAUUUGGCGGGACAGAUGAACCAUCAGAGGAUGACGCAUGGGGCACAGCAAGCAAAGCAGCUGCUCCUGAUCCUUGGGGGGGUGCACCAAAAGCUCCUUUGGCGGACGCAUGGGGUGGAUCAUCGACAGCUCCCUCCGAGGACGCAUGGGGAACACCUUCUAAUGCUACCACAGAAGAAGCAGAUCUUUUUGCAACAUCAGCCAGUUCUCCAAAAGAUGGUACAGAUCCAUUUUCGGCACCAUCUAAUGAUGAAGCUGAUCCAUUUGGUGCACCAAAAGAGGAUCCCUUUUUGGCCCCUUCCAAUAUGCCAAAAGUUGGUACAGAUCCCUUUGGGGCACCAAAAAAUGAUCCAUUUUCAGCACCAUCCAAUACAUCAAAAGGUGGUUCAGAUCCUUUCGGGGCACCAAAUGAUGAUCCAUUUUCAGAACCAUCUAGUACGCCAAAAGGUGGUUCAGAUCCUUUUGGGGCUCCAAAAGAUGAUACAUUUUCAGCACCAUCCAAUACGUCAAAAGGAGUUUCAGAUCCCUUCGGGCCUUCAAAAGAUGAUCCAUUUUCAGCACCAUCCAAAACGCCAAAAGGAGGUUCAGAUCCCUUCGGGGCUUCAAAAGAUGAUCCAUUUUUAGCAACAUCCAAUACGCCAAAAGGAGGUUCAGAUCCCUUUGGAUCUUCAAAAGAUUAUCCAUUUUCAGCACCAUCCAAUAUGCCAAAAGGAGGCUCAGAUCCCUUCGGGUCUUCAAAAGAUGAUCCAUUUUCAGCAUCAUUCAAAACACUAAAAGAUGAUUCUGAUCCUUUUGGGGCUUCUACAAAUACACCAAUGAAAGAUGCUGAUCCUUUUGGGGCGCCAACAAGUCCUCCAACCCAGACUUCUGACUUGUGGGGUACUCCAUUAAAACCAUCUGAAAAGAAGGCUGAUCCCUGGGGAGAUGAAGGGACCAUAGCUGUCUCAACCCUCGCGGAUCCUUUUGGUGAAGGCUUGAAGAAUGUGGAUGAUGCCUGGGGACCACCAGCAUCGACACCGCCCACUGCCACUGACCCUUGGGGUCCACCUGCAGUUCCCACAGACAUUGCAACCACAGACGACCCCUGGGGAGAUGGGGGGGCGUCCACCACAACAGAUGCUUCCAAGUCUGACCCCUGGGGAACGCAGAAUAAUGCCACAGGCAGGCGAGCCGUUGCGGACGAAGCCUACAAAUCGCCGGCCUCGUUCCUUGGCGCCGGAGCUUCCCUCGUGGACAUAGACACACUCCUCUCCACCACACCCAAACAACCCCCCCUCAUUUCCCCCACCCAGCAGCAAAGUUUUUUACAAGGCCCGGGUAUGGCUGGCCCCAUGGGCAGAAUCACGUCCAUUGCUGCGGUGUCCCGAAGUACAAUCCCCCAAAACUCCAGCCUUUUUGGUUCCACUCUUACGUCCUCUGGUGUUACCCGCCCCAGGUUUGCGUCCACCAACCCCAUGCUGGGGGUUCCUUUAUCCCAGAUUUCCUCCCUUUCCCUGGGAAUGCCUCAUCCUGGCUUGGCUAUGCCUGCAAUGCAGCCUCAGAUGGCACCCCCGUAUCUGGGAGCUGGGAUGGUAUAUCCCAAUCAUCGGGCAGGGCUUGCUGCAGUGGCCCAAUCGGGAGCUUCCACUCGUCCAGCAGGAGAGGGUGUCCCGUUUCAACCGCAAGUGGUUUGGGGCACUGCCACAGGACAGUCUACUCCACAGAACAAUAAUCCAUUCCUGUUUUGAAAAGGUACAACCCAUCCAGUUCACCUUCCACAACCCCAAUAUCUACAAUGGUCAAUAUAAUGUACUUUACAUGUCCAAUUUAGGUGUAUGCAACAAUAUGUAUGAAAUGAAACAAGACAAAAUAUAAGAAUUUCAACAUUAUUCUUGGGAAACAUUUUAGCUAAUUUGAGGUUUUGUGGGAAACGAGAGGGGAUCAUAGGAGUUAGGUUCAUUGAGUCGUGUGAUUUUGUUCUUGUGCCGUUGUUUUUUUUAUUAGGCUGACCAGGUUAUUAUCAGUGCUCUUCUACUUGCUUGACUCGUACAGCUCUGACAAAAGGUAGGUGGAGGGUUCAGAAUUGUUAGCUUUGUGUGUGUAAUCACUACAGUGGUCUAGAGUGGGACAGGUUUCAGUGGGACAAUGUUUACCAAAAGAACAGGAUUCCAUCAGGAGGUGUGAGUGGGUGGAUGCCUGUGUGCACGUGUUUUGACUGAAGUUGAGGUGAAAUCAUUUAUCAGAAUUAUCCACAAUGUUAACUUUUAAAAGUGACUUUCAAGAAUUACCAUUUUAUUUAUUUAUUGAAUCAUUUAUUUAUUAGCGUAUUUACUGUAUUUAUUUCAUUCGGUUUUUUUCUCAAACACUUGACCUUCAGUAGAUACUUUGAAAACAUACUUCAAAUGAAUUAAUAUCUCGUCACUGACAACUAGCAAUAAAGUUGCUGUCAUUAUCUUGUUUGUUUUUUGAGUUGAACAGUGACUUUAGUUGGAAAUAAUCCAAUUGGGUACCCUAAUCAUUCUUAUUUAUCAUCCAAUAACCAAUGGUGGCUUUAUUUCCCUUAUCAUUUUAUACACAUUUAUAUG